AUGGGACAGACCGAUCUUGACCUCCUGCUCGACAUGGGCUUUGAACGUGCACGCGCCGAGCUUGCAGUUAAGCAGUCUGGUGGAUUGCAGGGUGCUCUUGAAUGGCUGGAAAAUAAUCAAGAUAAACCGCUCGAAGAGCUUGUGAAUGCCUCAAACGCCAACGCCGCCGGCGACGACGACGCCGACGAUGCCGACAAGGUGAAGGCCAACAUCGAAGCACUCGAAAGCGGAACGGCCAAAUCACUUGUCUGCAAUGACUGCGGCAAGCUGUUUAAAAAUCAAGAUCUUGCUAGUUUUCAUGCUUCCAAAACCGACCAUACAGACUUUUCUGAGUCCACUGAAGAGAUUGCGCCAUUGACUGAGCAGGAAAAGAAGGAAAAGCUCGAAAUGUUACGAGAGAAGCUUAAGGCAAAGCGAGCCAACCAGGCUGCUGUCGACAGAGAGGAAAACAAACGCAACGAGUCGAUCCGCCAGAAAUCUACGCAAGAGAGUCAGGAUGCGAAGGAAGAGCUCCAGCGAAGAGAACAGAUCAAAGAGGCUGCCCGCAAGCGCCAGGAGAAGCUCGACGAUCUCGAAGCCAAGAAGCGCAUUAAGGCGAAGAUUGAGGCGGACAAGGAGGACCGCCGUCGUAAAGCUGAACAGGCCAAGGCGGCGAGAGAGGGCCAUCCGGCGCCUGCACCAGGGCCUGUCACUGCUUCCUCUCUUCCCAAGGUCACCGCAAACCACUCAGAGGCCCGACUUCGUCUUCAGACUGCAAACGGCAAUAUCCUCAAGACAUUUGCUGCAGAAACCACGCUCUUCGAAGUGGCGCAGCACUUGCAGUCGGAAAGCGGUAUUGCCGUGACGAGCUUCUCGACCACCUUCCCCAGGAAAACCUUUGAGGGAUCGACUGACUUCAGCAAGACACUAAAGGAAGCCGGUCUGGUGCCUAGCUCUGUUCUGAUUGUCAAAUGA